UGUCUGAUGGGACCAGGGUCCUCGGAGCUCAGAGUCUGGAGCUCCUCUGUCCCGGUCCUGAGUACCUUCCCCUCAGGAACCAGAGUCUGGGCUCAGGUUUCUGCAGAACUCUACUGUGGAGGUCAGACCGCUCCGACGCUCUGCUUUCAAACGAACGUCUCGGUGGAAGUCACAGUUUCCUACUCUGACAAGAAGGUUUUCCUGCACGGUAAACCGCUCCA